UACUAGAGUCUUCGGCUUUGACUACUUGGCAGGCAGUAACUGAGCUAAGCUCCACCACCAAAUAUAAGCUAACUUUUUGUUUUCAUUUAUUUUUAUAAUCGAAGCAUGAGCGAAGUUAACAAAAAAUAAAUGAUGGAGAGCGAACAGGUUGUCUGUGCAUUUAAGUAGUGCAAGUUUCUGCUUGUGGGGUGUUUGUGCACAGAGCUUGGGGGCUUGGUGUGGAUGUGAGGGUUUUCUCUUGCGCUUCUGCCUCCUCUCUUCUGAUCGUGGGUCUUGGGAAGGAUGAGUUACUUGGGUGUUGGCGUCAGUCCAGGGAAUGUCCCAGUGUAUCAUGGCACAAAUGGGAGGCUUGUUGAUAGGAGGGUUCGGGUGGCAGAGUUGGUACUGAGGUGUAUGAUUUGUGGUCUAGGAGUACUUGCAGUUGUUCUUGUGGGGACUGAUACCCAGGUUAGAGAAAUCUUCACGAUUCGGAAGAAAGCUAGAUUUGUAGACAUGAAAGCUCUUGUGUUUUUGGUGAUAGUCAAUGGUAUAGCUGCUGCCUACUCGUUGGCCCAGGUACUGAGAUGCGUUGUGAACAUGGUUAGAGGAAAUGCGCUGUUCAGCAAGCCCUUGGCUUGGGCAAUCUUCUCUGUUGAUCAGGUAAUGGCAUACAUGACCGUAUCUUCAGUGGCCGCUGCUACACAAUCUGCAACGCUUGCAAAGUCGGGCCAGCCAGAACUGCAAUGGAUGAAGAUAUGCAAUAUGUAUGGGAAGUUCUGUAACCAAGUGGGAGAGGGAGUAGGAAGUGCAAUAUUAGUUAGCCUUAGCAUGGUGGUUCUGUCUUGUAUGUCUGCUUUCAGUCUGUUCCGCUUGUAUGGUGGCACUAAGGGCAGGAGCAGAGGUGGUAGGUUUUAAAAAAUCGUCUGAUGUAAGUGUUUGAAUUAUCACUACUCUUUCAGCCAUUGCCCAAAUAAUUUUGUAACUUGGAGGCAAAUUCUGUAUGCUAUCGAUGUAAAGUCUUGUCACUCUCUUCAAAUACUACAAUAAUUUUAGGUUGUUGUUUCCAUAAACUCGUUUGUGUUUUGGUUCAUUCAAAAUCCCAAAAAGGGACCUGUACUGAAUUGGGGAAAUGGCCAGUUAAGAAUAUAUCUAAGUUGAGUAGAAUCUUGUCACUUGUGCUAA